AUGAACGCCUUCGUGCGGCUUGCGCUAACAGCCUUCACGAUCUUCCUGACUGCUGCUUCACUGUCCGUCGAGACGGCUGAUGCGCCGGCGGAUGGCGCUUCACAAGGCGACCAAGGCCAUGCCAAGAAGGAGGGCGUGAUCAAGAUGUCCCUUCAGCAAUGCAAGGUCCAAUGCCAGCGGUUUGGCAUGAAGCGCAUGGGUGAGGCCUUCAAAGACAUCACCCGGCCGCAG